GUUGCCCACCAUGUGAUGAUUAUUCAGCUCUUCUUCCUAUCUUAUUUUACUUUUUCAUCAAAAUUUCAUAGAAAUUCAGGAAAAAAGAUAUAAUAGUUCAAUAACUCUUAAUGAAAACUGAAAAGAGUUGGCCCAUAUAUUCCUCAUAAGUGAGAACAGAAAAUUAUGGAAUAUGAGUUGAGAACAACUGAAGACAUAGCCAUCGGCCAAAACCUCACCCCUCCCCUCCGCCCCCUCGCCGCCGUCCUCCGCGACUCCGCCCUCACCUCCUACUGCUCCGCCUGCUUCUCCGCCCUUCCACCGCACCCAUUUCCCCUCGUCUCUCCCCCAAACCCCCACCACAACUCCCCUACUCUACUCUACUGUUCCCCGGGCUGCUCCUCCGCCGAUUCGCCGCUCCACCUGUCCUCCGGCGAGGCCCACCUCCUCUCCCUCUUCCUCCAAUCACCUCCCUCCACGUGGAUCGAUUCCUCCGACCUCCGCCUCUCCCUCCGCCUCGUCUCCAUUUUCCAGAAGCUCCCCCAAAAGAGCAACCUUUUCCAUCUCGAACAGAACGACACCGAUUUGGAGAGGAUUACAGGUUUGAUGACCAAUCGUGAGAGAUUAGUUUGUGGGCCAAAUCAAAACAACGAAGGUGAAAAUUGCGUUAAUUACGAUAAUUUAUUCGAAAGGAUUAGUGAAGGGGCAAUGUUGGUGGCGAAAGCUAGGAGGGCGUGUUUGGGUGAGCCCAUAAAUGUCCACGAACCAAAUCAUUUCUUGUUUGAGGAGAUGGUAUUGUGCCUGGUGCUAACGAACGCCGUGGAGGUCCAAGAUGAGUGUGGGUUCAAUUUGGGAGUUGCUGUGUAUGGUCCUGCAUUUUCUUGGAUCAAUCACAGUUGUUCUCCAAACGCUUGCUACAGAUUUUUGGUGGGUCCGCAGGAGAAUGAGCAGUCGUCUCUUAGGAUUGUUCCGGCUGUGAAAAAUGGAGGUUCUUGUGCUUUGAUGGUGGAAGGUGAUUUGCAAUACUCGUGUUUAGGUGAUGUAGAGGAAAAUGGUUAUGGUCCGAGUGUUGUAGUUCGUAGUAUAAAAGAUGUUAGAAAGGGAGAAGAGGUGACGAUUGCAUACACGGAUUUGUUGCAACCUAAGGAAAUGAGACGAGCAGAAUUAUGGUCUAAGUAUCGGUUUACGUGUAGCUGUAAGCGCUGUAAUUCGGUUCCCCCAACUUAUGUGGAUAAUGCUCUGCAAGCUCUCUCAGCUGGUAAUUGCAGUACUAUUCCCGAGCCUUCAGAUACCAUGAUAGAGAGACUAAUGCAAAGCUUCAAUGAUGCAAUAGCUGAUUAUCUAUCGUUCGAUGAUCCAAUUUCAUGCUGUAAAAAGAUCGAGAAUUUGCUCCUUUACAGCGACUCACUACAACAGAACGAGUCAAAAUCACCUCAAAAGCUGAAACUUCAUCCUUUGCACCAUCUCUCUCUAAAUGCUUACACUACCCUAGCUUCUGCUUACAAAAUCCGUGCCAAUGACCUAAUGGCUCUUCAUUAUGAUGUCGAAAGACAAAAUCGUGAAGCUUUUAAUAUGUACAAGACGAGUGCUGCAUAUUCCCUCUUGCUUGCUGGUGGGGCCCAUCAUCUUUAUGCAUUUGAGCCUGCUCUAAUAGCAACAGCUGCGAAUUUCUGGAUAAAUGCAGGCGAAUCUAUUCUGAACUUUGCAAGAAACUCUCUUUGGGAUACUUUUCUGAAUCCCGAGUCAGCCCUUUUGGAUUUCUCAUCGGUUUUGACUAAAAAUUGCAAUACUUGUAAUUUGGCCGAUAUUUUGAAGCCAAAAUCAGUUGGCCCCGAUCAAAUUAAAGAGUUUGAGGAUACAAAGGGAAGGUUAUACAGUUGCAUUGCUGAUAUAACGCCAAAAGUUUGGUGCAUGCUUGCUUACAAGAGCAGUUUCUUGAAAGGGAUUAAGAACCCUGUCGAUUUUAGCUGGCUUGAAGUUCCAGAAAAUCGUACGGUUUUAGAAAAUUCGGGAUUGGAAGGUGAGGAAUGUACAAACGAACAUGUAUGGAUGAAUCUACUUUUGCUUGGCGUCCAUUGUUGGAGGUUUGGUGCACUGUUAUCGAGCAUUUGUUAUGGUUUGUCGGCUAAAAUGAAUUCUUACCACGAAGCUCUUGCGAUUUUCAAGGAAUCUGCUUGAAUAUGUACAGAUGCUUUUGUUAUAGUUACUAUCAUCAAGAAGUUCGACAAAAAAAGCUGCUCCUUUGUCUUUCUUUUUCACUCCUUACAAAAUUUCUCGUUCGGUUAUCAAUUGAAAUGUUAGUUUCAGUUUUGGUGCAGUAGGGUACAGUAACACAGCCCUCAGGUUUUGUGUGUCACCAUAGGGCAAUCCAGUUUCAUUUUAUAUUUCUUGAUCCCUCUUAUCAGAAGAAAUGGAAAGCAGUAAUUUGAUCUUGCUCAGUAGCAUGAUGACUUAAUGUUCAAAAAAUUGCAUGCAAGAUUCAUACCUAUCAGAAAAGCAUUGUGUUAUUUGUUACAAGUUAUAUGUGAGUAGAGUGAGUUCGUGAGAUCUCAUGACUUAAAUUCGAAAAUUUCAC